UUCCUGUUUUCGCCCCCCCCACGGGAUGUGACGAACUCUCGCGAGAGCCGGGUCUCUUCCUAAACCGGCGCUCCGUGAGGGUCUCGCCAUGUUCAGUUCAAGUGCCAAGAUCGUGAAGCCCAAUGGCGAGAAGCCGGACGAGUUCGAGUCGGGCAUCUCGCAGGCGUUGCUGGAGCUAGAGAUGAACUCGGACCUCAAGGCCCAGCUGCGCGAGCUCAACAUCACGGCGGCCAAGGAAAUUGAAGUCGGCGGAGGUCGGAAAGCUAUCAUCAUUUUUGUCCCAGUUCCCCAGCUGAAGUCUUUCCAGAAAAUCCAGGUCCGGCUGGUGCGUGAGCUGGAGAAGAAGUUCAGCGGGAAGCAUGUGGUCUUCAUUGCACAGAGGAGAAUUCUGCCUAAGCCCACUCGAAAAAGCCGCACGAAAAAUAAGCAGAAGCGUCCCCGAAGCCGCACGUUGACCGCCGUGCACGACGCCAUCCUCGAGGACCUGGUCUUCCCCAGUGAGAUCGUGGGCAAAAGGAUCCGCGUGAAGCUGGACGGCAGCCGGCUCAUCAAGGUGCACCUGGACAAGGCCCAGCAGAACAAUGUUGAGCACAAGGUAGAAACGUUCUCUGGUGUCUAUAAGAAGCUCACGGGCAAGGAUGUAAAUUUUGAAUUCCCAGAGUUUCAAUUGUAAACGGAAAUGUUAAAAUAAAAGUGUGGUUCUAGUA